UAAACCAGAAAAUGGCAACGUAGAAAAAUUGACCAAUCCCGAAGAAAUUAGUGAUAUAUCGUAAGCGCAGGCGCGCUAUUGAUUGUAUUUGUGCAGUCGAGUUUGUUACUAGUAAUGGACGAACGUGAUUAAGUAAAGACGAGAAGAAAAUAUGACCGACGCCGGAUUUUUUCGUGGAACAAGUGCUGAACAAGAUAAUCGAUUCACUGACAAGCAUAAGAAAUUAUUAAAGCAGUUGAGAUUUAGCGAUGUAUUGAACAAAAAGGUGGAUAUGAGUAAAGUGAAUUUAGAUAUUAUCAAACCAUGGAUUGCAAGAAAAAUUACAGAUAUGCUUGGAAUGGAAGAUGAUGUAGUUGUGGAAUUUGUGUUCAAUCAUCUUGAAUUAGAUAAGUAUCCUGAUGGGAAGCUAAUGCAAAUCAAUUUGACUGGAUUUCUCAAUGGGAAGAAUGCAAGAGAAUUUAUGACUGAACUAUGGACUCUUUUGUUAAGUGCUCAAGAAAAUAUAGGUGGAAUUCCUGCAGCAUUUUUAGAGCAGAAGAAAGAAGAAAUUAAGAAGAGACAGGAGGAGCAAGAACGCAUCCAAGCCAAUUUAAAAAAAAUUGAGGACAGAGAAAGAGAACGGGAACGUAAUAGAGACAGAGAUAAAACUACUACUGAAGGAAAAACUAAGAGAGAUCCUGAAAGAGCUUCAGCCUCUCCAAAAUCAAAGGGCGACUUACCCAAUAAAGUAGAAAAACAUUCUACAGAGAAUCGUCAUGGACAGUCUCAUUCACCUUCACCACAUAAAAAAACUGACAGUGCUAGAGACAGAACUAGAUCAAGAUCAGCAUCACCUAAGUUGAAGCGCACAUCAGAUAGUCAUAAUAAGAGCCAUGUGAGAUCUGAUUCACCUAGAUCAAAGCAUUCAUUAGAUCAUCAUAAAACACGUUCACGUUCAAGAUCACCUUCAAAUGUGAAGCGGUCAAGUGAUAACCAGAAACGAUCUCGUUCUAGAUCGACAUCCAAAUCUAAACGCAUGAGUGGUGGUCGUAGGAUGCGUUCUCGUUCUCGAUCUAUCUCGCCUAAAACAGGAAAUGUAAAUGUUACAAAUAGACGAUCGAUUGAAACACAUCAAGUUAAAUCACGAUCAAGAUCAGUUUCACCCAGAACAAAGCACAUUUUAGAAAAUCGUCGUCGUUCUCCAUCUCGUUCACCUUCACCAAUUAGAAGAAAACAUCUUGGUAGCGGGCGCCGUGGCCAUUCUAGAUCUCCUUCUCCUCAUAGUAGAAGAAUAAGUGAUAAUCAUCGUGCAAGAUCUCCUCGCCCGAGGAAAAGAAGAAACAGGUCACGCACACGUUCUCCCAGAAGAAGCCGGUCCAGGACGCAUUCCCCUCGGAAGCUGUCUCGUAGCCCGCACCGACAACGCUCGCCCGUCCGUGCCCAUUCACCAAAGCAUAGGAGUCCUGACAGACACGAAGCUGAAUGGCAUCAGUAUCCUUCGAGGAAAAAAUCUCGUUCAUCUUCAGGAUCUUCAUCUAGUUCAAAUUCUUCUACUUCUUCAAUUAAACAGGAAGGUAAUUCAUCCAGAUAUAGAGCAGAGGUACCUGAGAUAGUACAUUUAAAAAAAGAACCUGAGUCUCCUAGACAAGAAAAAGAAUCGUCAGUGGAAAUAUUACUGAAGAAAGAUUCUGUACAGAGCAAGCGCCAUUAUCGUUCUCACGGCCAUGGUGAUUCGGAAAGCUCUUCGGAGGAAGAAUCGCCGAUAAGAAAAACUGUGCCGGGAAAAGGAAAGUGGAAUGAUAGACAGAGGAGAAAACAAAAAGCGCAUUCGUCGUCGUCAUCCUCUCGUUCAUCUUCGUCUCGUUCACCCAGUCCUGUUGCCGGUAGAAAGAAUCGUUCUAGUCCUCCCUAUGGACAUAGAGCUUCACCACGUUGGAGGAAUAGUCCUCAACGACAAAGAUUUGCACGUUAUUCACCACAAAGACGCCGCUCACCUACACCUGAGAGACAAAAACGAAUGCAGAGUCCAACUCCUGAAAGGUUUAGACAUAGGCCAUAUGGAAUGGAUAGAAGAUCACCAAUGUAUGAUAGAGAAAGGGAGAGAAAUGACAGAGAAAGAGAAAGAAAUGAUAGAGAAAGAAUGAGAGAUAGAGGUCGCCGACCAUCACCAAUGUAUCCAGAGAAAAGAAGGUGGUCUCCACGAGAUGAACGGAGGCAAUGGAUGUACGACGAUCAUCGACAGAGAAUUAACCCAAAUUACGAUAGGCAAGAAUAUGCAUCGAGACAUUGGCCUCCUCCUAGCCCAAGAGGCAGAUAUCAUUCCCCAUCACCAGAGAUUCAGAGAUUACCUGAAAGACGUCGUAAUUCUCCUUCCUUCGGUUCUAAUAAUAUGAAGUAUGUAAGGUUAGUAGGUUCAAUCUUUCUUCAUACUGUUUAUUAUAAUUUUUUAGUAUGUAAUUAUUUGAAUUGAUUAUUUUAAAUUAGAAUAAAAAUGGACUUGGAAAUAUUGUCCUUAUUGAUUUUUAGAGAAUAUAUUGACUGUCGGUAUAAUUGGAUGAAAUGCUCCCUGAUGCCAUUCUCAAUUAGGAAUGAUAAUCAACUUUUAACAUUUGUUCUUUGGCAUAAACUUGUAAUAAGGUUUGCAAAAAGAAGAAUUUAUGUGAAUCAUCAUGUAGAUGGCAUAUGAAACAGAAAAUUUUAACCAGAUACUACAGGAUAACUUUUUCAGCUCAGGCAUACUGAUACAUGUAGAAUUUGUUGUUUACUGUAUAGAAUAAAUGAAAGUUGUAUUCAGUAGUUACUUAGCACUCAUCUUUUACAUUUUAUGCAAUUGCUGUCUUAUAGAAAAGUUAUCAGAUAGCCGAAAAUAAUUGUACUGUGUUCUGGAAAUAAUUAUAUAGUCUACAUAAUGCAUAUGCCUUUUCUAUCAA